AUGGUUGCUAAAGCCAAGGAUUGGGCAGAACAGCUGCAACCCAACCUUCUUUACAAACAUGAUGUCCUCCCCCUCAUCAGGUCUACCAGCAUGAAGAAAUUGGAGUAUCCUAUGGCGCAAACCACCCUGGACGCCCAGCAAUGGACAGACAUUAUGUCUCCGGUACUUCAAGUGUGCCUUCUGAAGGCGGGUGUUUGCCGUAAUUUCCCCCGGGAUGUUGUAUUUGCUCCGCUGUCCUAUCAGGGUCUUGGACUUCCACAUCCGUUUGGUUGUCAAGUGUUUAAGCAUCUUGAGAUGUUGCUCCGACAUAUAGCCAACAGGACCAAAACUGGUGACUAUAUGGAGGCCAACUUCCAAGCCCAUCAACUUGAAACAGGGACAUCCUUUGGACUCUUGCAACAAGUCUACAACAAUACAGAGAUCUUAGCUUCAGAUACGUGGAUGAAAGGAGUAUGGCAUGAACUCAAAGGUCUGAACAUCUAUGUCGUCUGUGACUUGCCAGCCCUCUCCCAUCGCUGUACAGACGACUCCCUUCUGAUGGAUCUCUUCUUCAACUUGGAGGUUGAACAAGAGGAACGUUUAUGGCUCAAUUGGUGUCAAAUGUUCCUCCAGGUAUGCACAGUGUCUGACAUUGUGACUGCUGAUGGCAGGUUUCAUCGCCGCUCCGUGUGGAAUGGGCUCAGGGAUGAGUGCUGCCGCUCGCCAUACCAAUGGCCAAGGACAGUUCGCCCAACCUGGCAACACUGGAAUCUGUGGCAGACCACCUUGUCUAGAGCCCUGUUUGCUCCAACGGGCCACAUCACCCACUCCAACAGCCAUUGGGGCCCUGGACUGACCCUCUGGAGGACUGGAAUUGGUUGCUGUCACCCACUACAGGCCAUUUCCACCGCCAUGGGGCAACCUGGAAACACUCUUCCUCUGAGGGCUCCUCCACCACGUCACGUCGCUACGCACCAGCCCCGUCAAAUCCUUCCUGCCCAUGGUGGACCGCACCGCUUCCCUCUGAUGUUCUUUGCGCUACGGUUUGCCCCAUCACAGGCUCUGACAGGGUUCUUCUCACAGGUACUGGCCGUGCCUCUGAACCAUCCCCUCCCAACAGCCCAUCCAUCCUUCAAGCGUGGCAGACGGCUGCCAAGCUUUGCACAGACUAUUACGGGUGGGUUCCAAAUGAGAUCGAAGCCACCUUAG